AUGUCUGACAGACGACCUCUCUUCUUCGCCCUUCCUCCCGAGCUCCUCAUCUUCAUCGUCGACCACAUUGGGCCACCGGACAUCUCGUGCUGUGACCCCGGGUGGCUCGUAGUACCCGCAGUCUGUCAAACGUUGGGCGAAAUCACAGAAUUCGUCAUAGAUUCAUGGAGAAGAAGAGCCAGAGCUUCUUUUGCGCCGCACGGUAUCAUCUAUAGCUGGGUGCCUCUUCUACCGGAUGGCCCUGAUCAGUCUAUAUACUCCAAUAACCGGCGCAUGCAUGUCACUGACAGACGACUUGGCGUUCAGUGGGCCUUCAUUCCCGUCUACAGAACCGGCAACGUCGAGUAUCGCUCGCCAACUCUGCGCGUCAGCCCGAGUCGUACAAAUUCCAGAGACUCACAAGGAGCGGUGGACGAUUACCUCAGCGCUAAGUCUGCAUCGCAUCAACCCAAGCGCGUCAACUGGAACUUCUCGUGGCUACGAAGUAUCACUCUCAAAGGAAGUUCGAACUACGACAAGAUGAUUGGGGACUGUCUCGGCUUCUCGUUCAACGAAGUACCUUGCCUAGCUGUGCCAGCCCUUCGGGAACUCUACCUUCACGACUAUAUCGUCGAUUGGCGCUGUGCUGGCCUUCGAGUCCUUAAGAUCACAAUGAGCACGUCUGAAGACGGAGAGCCGACAACAGACUAUUGCUUUCCUCCCGCGGUCCUCUUUGCACGCAUGGUCGACUCCCGACGCACUCUGCAGGCUGUCACCCUUGAGGGAUGUUUCCCCGAGAUCCCCGAGGAGGCUGACACUGAGGAACCCGACGUGCUUUCGAUUAUCCUCUUCCCUCGUCUAUGUGAGUUCGAGAUGUCGAAGACCAUGCCUCACGAAGCAUGGAGGCUCUGCAGGCGCAUUCAGUUUCCAUCUGGCUUCCCUCCUGUGUUUGAAAGCUUCGGACCUGGUAUCACGUUUCUCCGCUCUCUCGCAUGCGAGUAUUCGCACUCUCGUUCUGAAAGGCACAUUUCUUCCAGCGGGAUCGAUACGCUCACGAUACGCGCCGAUGAUGAAGACUGUAUCCUCACUGCGAGCAGGAUCACCUCAUCACAUCAAGACUUUAGGGAAGCGGUCUGA